AUGGAUGUUCGGAAAUCCCGCAGAGAAAAUCGGGUGGAAAUCAGAGUUGGGCUCAGCGAAGUACUUGAAGUAGGGGCAUGCGAGUCGGGCGGCAGAAGGACGCAGACUGCGGCCGAGCAUGGAAGGCAAUCAGUAGAGGAAGCGAGGGCUGCGAGCAGAGAUGUGAGACGGAGCAGACAUCGUGAACUGAUCGGAGGGACAGAGAAGGCCCAUUUGAGGCAGUGUGCGGCAGUCGGAGGCUAA